CCUCCGGCCAUUAAACUCUCUUGGCCAAAUCCUUCAGCUCCUCGUGGAGCCUGCAGCGUUCCCAUAGGCAAUGGCCAUAGCCAUAGCUCUUGUGUAGAAAAGCCACGAAGGCCGAAACCGAGUGAGAGAGAGAGUGACCAAACUAUAGGGCUCUGAUAUCUUCCCCCAAUUCCUCUCCGAUGGACGACAUGGCCGCGUACUACCCACCGCCUCCGCCUCUGCCGGCGGUGCCUCACUACCCUUACUACCAACCGCCGCCUCCGCCUCCCGCCGCGGCGGCGCCACCCGCAGCGCACCAACUGGCCCAGCCGUACGCCCCUCACCCGCAGCAACCUCCUUACGGCGCCUACACGCCGUCGCUCGUCGCUCCGUGCUCGCACGACGAGGUCCGAACGCUCUUCGUCGCGGGGCUUCCCGAGGACGUAAAGCCCCGCGAAAUCUACAAUCUUUUCCGUGAGUUCCCCGGCUACGAAUCCUCGCAUCUCCGGAGCCCUACCCAAGCAUCGCAGCCAUUCGCAUUCGCUGUGUUUUUGGAUCAGCAAUAUGCAAUUGCGGCAAUGCACGCGCUGAAUGGGAUGGUGUUUGAUCUUGAGAAAGGGUCCACACUAUAUAUUGAUCUAGCGAAAGCAAAUUCUAGAUCAAAGCGCCAAAGAUCAGAUGAUGGAAGAUUUGGAUUGGAUAAGAGAUCUAAAAGGUCUCCAUUUUCUAGAGGGCCUAAUGAUUCUGCAGGUGUUGGCAGCACGCAUAUGCCUGGAAUGGGUAAUUCUGCUUACAACAUUGGUUAUCCAUCUGCACCAAGUCAGGGGAAUUUGGAGAGUAGAGCAGUUAAUGAGACCACGGCUCUACAUUUGCAUAAUUCUUCAGCGCCGCAUCUUCCGCAAAAUAAUACCCCAUGCCCAACUCUUUUUGUGGCUAACUUAGGUCCUGCUUGUACAGAGCAGGAGCUAAUUCAAGUGUUUUCAAGAUGCCCUGGGUUCAUAAAAUUGAAGAUGCAAGGAACAUAUGGGUCUCCAGUUGCAUUUGUUGAUUUUCAGGAUACUGCCUGUUCAACUGGAGCUCGAAAUCACUUGCAAGGGACAGUUCUAUUCUCAUCCACCGGCGAAGGCAUGCGAAUAGAGUUUGCAAAAUCAAGGAUGGGAAUGCGUAAGAAGGCAAAGUAAAUGGAAAGGAGCAAGGAGAACAACUGUGUUGAAAAAUUGUUCUCAUGCAGAAAACCUCCCAAAUCUUGCUUUUGUUGGGUCUGCUGUAUUUUCCAGUACCUUGUACCAAUAUAGAGUUUAGUGGAUACCAGUGUUAGCUGUCAUUAUAAUUAAUUUUUUUUCCUUAUAAAUUGGAAAGUGCCGGUUUCCAUUUAGUGCUAUUGACAACCUUCAAUUUGUAAAUUUUCCUUUUCAUUUAUCCCCU